AUGAAUUGGAACCCAUUUACAAGAAAUGCUAAUUCUCGAAAAUCUGUAGGAUUAAUUACGACUCGUGAUUUUGAUCGUGAAACACGUCGUUUAGAAUGUUUAGAGGAUAAUGCUAAAUCGUUAACACGUGAUAUUCUAAAACAAAAUAAAGCAUUCGAUGAAUUUUCAAAAGGUCAAUUAAAAUUAAUUAAUGAUUUAGCAUCUAGUGCAUUUAUAAAUCAUUAUGAACAACAUCAAGAUCAACAAACUCAAUCAAUAUUGUCAUCACAACAAUUGAUGACAAAUUGGAAACAGACAAGUCAAAAAAUUUAUGAACAAACAAAUUUAAUGAAUGAAAUGACAGCAAAAACUAUUAUUGAAUCAUCAAAACGUUUAACAAUAGCCUUGAAUAAUGUUAUUCAUUCAAUAAAAAAACGUGAACAAAGUUUAAAUGAUUAUUUAAAAAUACAAAAUAAAUUAGAUAAAUUAAAUGAAAAAAAAUUGACAACAAAUAAAUUAGAACAAAUACAAAAACAAUUAACAGAUGCUAAACAACAAUAUGAAUUAAGAAAUUCAUUAUUAACACAAGAAUUACCAAUUUUACAUGAAAGACGAGCAGCAUUUGUUUAUCCUUGUCUAGAAGCAUUUAUCGAAGCACAAGUACAUUACUGUGAACAAUUGGAAAAUGCUUAUAAUGGACUUGUCAAUAUAAUAGACGUUGAUUCAAAUAAUGAUUCAACAUUAGACGAAAUUAAUACAAAAUUAGCUGGUAUUAAAGCAUUAUCGAUUGUUGCUUCAGAAUAA